AUGGCUGAGCUGGACCAACAAGUUCCCACUACAUCAUCUUUCCGCCCAGCUAUAGAGCGUGCCGUUGUGAAGAUGAAGAGAAUCCAUCGAUUCACGAGACAAUUCUCGAUUUUUAUUCAUACCGAUGAGGAGAACAAACGUACACCAGUUCCACCAAAAGAGGAAGAGACCAACGAGGACAGUCUUUUUAAGUAUCCAGGAGACCUUCGCGCUGUGAAACGCAAGCGGAACCUUCCAAUCCAAUCCAACAAGACCUCAAGUGUUGGUGCCAAACGCAAGAUGAUGGCGCAUCAAAAAUCAAUUCGCGAGGGAGAAGACGCCGAGGGUUCAUCAGAGAUCAGCAAAGCUGAUAACAAGGAGGCCGGAAAAGAGCAAGAGCCGGAAGAGGAUGACGAGAAGUGA